CCCCUGGGACAAGUGUUCGUGCGGCAGCGGUGAGUCCCGGGCUGCGGACUCGCUGCUGAGUCGCCUUCGGUCUACUUGUUUAUUCUGAGCCUUUGGAAAAUCGUUGUGGCAUUUAGAAUAGAAAACACCCAGGAUUUUCUGAUACUGCUGGAAUACUGAGGAAUUGUGGUUUACAGCAGAGUCACAAUGAGGCGAAGCUCAAGUAUUGCUGGAAGCAGCAGUCGACAAUCUAUGAUGGCACUGAGAGUGCAGGACAGCAACAAGAUGGGUCUUCAAACACCUCAGAUGAAGGACAGAAGCACCUUUGGACAGAAGCUGAGCAUGGGCAAACCUACAUCUGGAGCUUCAGAAAGAAAAGUCAGCUGUUUUGGGAACAGAGCCAGUGGGGCUGGAGGGUCACGCAACAGCCAGUACGGUGUGUUUGGGACAGAGAAGAUAAAGGAUCCCAGGCCCCUUCAUGACAAGGCAUUCAUCCAACAAUGUAUCAAGAAGCUUUGUGAGUUCCUUGUUGAGAAUGCGUAUGCCCACAAUGUUUCCAUGAAAUCGCUACAAUCUCCGUCAGUUAAGGACUUUUUAAAGAUCUUCACCUUUAUCUAUAAAUUCCUCUGCCCUUCUUAUGAACUGCCUGACUCAAAAUUUGAAGAGGAAAUUCCCAAAGUUUUUAAAGACCUUGGGUACCCCUUUGCUCUGUCAAAAAGCUCCAUGUACACCGUGGGAGCACCACACACCUGGCCUCAGAUUGUGGCAGCUUUGGUUUGGUUAAUUGAUUGUGUCAAGCUGUACAAUGCGAUCAGGGAAAAUGCACCAUCGUUCGAUGACAGACAGAGCUGGGGAGGAGAGACAGAUGAUGGAAUUGUACAUAAUAAGCUUUUCAUGGACUACUGUGUGAAGUGCUAUGAUCUUUUCAUGAAAGGGAGAGAUACCUUUGAAGAGUUGGAUGCUGAAGUGCAGUCAAAAUUAAAGGAUUUAUUUAAUAUAGACCCAUUCCAGAUGGAAAGUUUAGCAGCUGAAAACAAAAGACUUCAAGAAGAGAUUGCAAGACUAGAAAAAGAAAAGGAAAGUGAGCCGGAUCGUAGAGUAACACUACGAAAUGUGAAAUCGUCUCUUCAAGCAGACGUCCAGAAAUACCAGGCUUAUUUGGCUAAUCUGGAAUCUCAUACAGCCAUCCUUGAUCAAAAACUGGAAAGCGUUAAUGAUGAAGUUGAGACAGCAGAAAUGGAAGUAGAAGCAAUGAAGCAGGAGAAUGCCCGGCUCCGGCACAUCUUAGAUAACCAAAAGUACUCAGCUGCGGACAUUGAGAGAAUAAAUCAUGAGAGAAAUGAGCUGCAGCAAACCAUUAACAAGCUGACUAAGGAACUGGAAGCAGAAGAACAUCAGCUGUGGAAUGAAGAGCUAAAAUAUGCUAGGAAUAAAGAGGCGAUCGAAAUGCAACUGGCAGAGUAUCAUAAGCUGGCUCGAAAGCUGAAAUUAAUUCCAGUAAGUGCUGAGAAUUCCAAAGGCCACGACUUUGAGAUUCAGUUUAAUCCUGAGGCGGGACCAAAUUGCCUAGUCAAAUACAGAACUCAGAUCAAGGCUCCCCUCAUGGAGAUCAUCAACGAGACUGAGGAAGAAAUUAGUAAAGCUACUCAACGGAAGAUGACUUUGGAAGAUACUUUGGAACAGGUGAAUGUAAUGCUAGAGGACAAGAAACGCAGUGUGAAAAUGCUGACAGAAGAAGCUGAAAAGCUGGAUGAUCUUUACCAGCAGAAGCUUAAGGAGAUAGAAGAGGAAGAGCAGAAAUGUGCAAAUGAACUGGAAUCGUUAAAGAAGCAUAAACAGUUACUUGAGAGUGGUGUCUAUGAAGGUCUCAGUGAAGCCACAAAUGAAUUGCAUGAUCUCCAAAGACAGUAUCAAGUCGUUUUGCAAACAACAACAGAAGAGAAGAGAAAAAUUGGUGCUAACUUGAGUCGUCUUAUAGAAACAGUUGCUACUCAUAUAGCAUCUAUAGUGAAAUACCUUGAUGAACAGAAUGUGAGAAUUUACAGAGACGAUGAAGAAUUCAUGCCUGAAGCUCUAUUGUCAGACUUGAGCAACAUCCUAGACAGUUAUAAAAAGAAGGCUGAAAGUCUCUAAUCACUAGAAAAAUGAAGACUAAAACGUUGCAUUUCUGAAGCUCUAGUAUGGUGCCUUCUAAAGGGAUGGGUACUUACCUGUGUUUAGCACUGAAACUGGUUUAAGUGGAAGGAAGUAGUUAUGAACGUCCUUUGUUUUAUUGACACAAAUACAUUUAAGAAUUAAACAAUAUAUU